UGAAAAUUUGUGUUGUGAGAUCCAACGGUCGGCAAAUGAAACUGAAAGCACUUCUGAUGACACCAAGAUGAAGUUUGGGGUUUGCUUGUCGCUUGUUUUGUUCUGUGUGUUGACGUGUCAGUUUGUAUCGACCAAUCAGAAUCAUGCUGAAGACUGGAUUGACCCACUGGACAUGGUCAACUUUGAUCCGACUUCAAACAAAAUGAGAUACAAUACUGGCUCGACAACAGAAUCACCUCCUGUGGUCUCUGAUGGUAACAAGAAGACCACGCCCAGUUCACAGACGGUCACACCAGAUGCAGGUGAACGCCAGACAGCUUUCCCGAAGAUGGAGAAAGAUUCUUGUGAAGCGAGUUCUGUCUGUCUGAAGCUGUUCAAGCAAUACAUUCGCCGACUCUUGUAUCACAUCGACGGGAAGGUGUCUGAUAAGAAGGGAACACUGAACAUGCGCUUCACACUGUCAGCUGGCCAGGUGGAAACUCUGAGGCGAUUUUCCAAAGGAGACUUGAACCAGGAGAUCCAUAACGCCCACGCAGUAAUUACCGACAUGGUGGAGCAUGUUUCCCAGGUUGACCCCAGCGAACCAUCGUCUCGCAAACUGUGGCUGGAAGAUCUCAUCGGGAUACGCAUUCAUUUAGCCUUACCUCUCACAGUGAUGGCAUGUGUUAUUGUUUUGACGCCAGUGUUCUUGAUGAGGCUUCAUUUCUCCUGGUGGCGAGUGACUGUCAAACUCAUCUUCUUCCUCUUUUGUGUCAGUGUUGUCUGGACGUGGUACGAACUCUACAAGAGGGAGGAGGCGAAGACUCACCACGCUAUAAUGAAGGACAUGCCGGCAGAGUGUAAGCGAAGAGAUGCCAACCAAAGUAUCUGGAGCACGGUCAAACAGCUGUUUUCAUCCACCUUCACGUUUCAAACGGACAACUGUGUCACGUAUUACGAACACAUGCUCAUUGAUCCCAUGUGGAAAGUCGCUCCAACUGAAGCUUUGGCAGUGACCUUUGCCAGAUUCUUUCUUGCUCCAUUGCGCCACAUCGGGAAAGGGAUCAGUGAGUUUUUGACCGCACUGCUCAAUAAUCUGCCUUAUCACCUGUGGCCUAUUGUCUUGAUAUCGGUCGGCGUUUUCCUCUUCCUCCUCUUGUUCAUGAUGUUUGGAUACGGAAUACGUCUGCCGUUUAUAUCUAUUACACAAAGCCGACCAGCCCAGCUUGAUGCAGAUCUACAACUGGCAAUCACGCAGCAAGCAGAAGAGAUAAAAUCCCUGAAAGGCUACCAGGAGAUCCAGCUGAGAGCAGUAAAAGAGAUGUUUCGAGAGGAACGCCUCGCAAUCACGGAAAUAGUGACUCAGCAGUCUCGACUAGCCGUGUCAACAGUGCUGUCUGCUUCACUGUCACCAGAGAAACAAAAUAGUGAUGUGCUCAAACUAACCCACAAACUGAGCACAGGGGAACAAGGAACAGGAGACAGCUCUGAUGUGAGACCAGAUACAGUUGGCACAAUGAGUUGUACAUGAUCUUUGUGAGUGUGAUAUAUUCCUCUUGUCAUGGUUUCAUCAGUUCACUGUUGUGAUCAAUGGCCCAAAUAAUGUGAACAGAGAAGAACCAGUUAGUGCUUUAACUUAUGGGCUUCCUCCUGCAACGGUUAGAAUGGCAGAUCAUGAUAGUCUGUGGAUACAAGAUAGGCCAUUCAUUGUAACAUGUUAGCAUCGAGUCAGCCUGGUCAAAUGACCUAUAUUUUAGGUGAUUCACUAACAAUAUAUUGUAUAUGUAUUGUAUGUGCAACGCGACCUCCACAUCUCUUCACCCUGGAUUGUGCUAAAUUAGAGGAUUUUAUCAAACUCUGGGGGUGGGGUUAAACAUAUCUCAAAUUGUUUCUGAUUUUUAGAAUAUGGUAAUACUGUAUGAACAUUAUGUGAUUGACCUUUUUUGUGUGUGUAAAUAUUUGGAAAUAAGGAUUGUGUGAAAUGUGAUACUUUUUUGUUAAUAAAUAUCUUGCAUCAGUUUCUGACAGUGUGACA